AUGUGGCAGCCCGCGUGCACUGUAGACGAGGCCCGCUUGUCGCAUUAUUUCGCCAACCUAGCGCACAAUAAAGCUGCCCGGCGCAAGGAGUUCCGCGCCGCCCGGUUUGUCGCCAAACUGAAGAGGAGGAGAGAGCGUUCAUUCAUGUCUUCGUGGAGUUCGUUGGGGCCGCGCCAGAAGUCGGAGUGCGGGGCGCGUAAGGAGACCCCGAACCACAUCGUGGCCGCUGCCCGGACUGGCGGCUUCCUCACGGCGGUUAGCGCUUCGGGGGUCAUCGUCGACAUCGACGAGUUAGUGGGGGUGGAAUCCUUGUCCCAGCGAUACCGCUUCUUGGCAAUACUAAAGAGCCGGCACCCAGAUUUGAAGGUCAUCGUCCACGACGACGCGUGCCAUUUGCGCUUGAUGGUGGAGGCGAACCGGGCCAGUUCUCCGAUCGCCGAGGAGCUGGCGGCCGACGUCGCAUGCAUCGUCGACGAGUACCACGCGAGCGCGCACGCGGGGGCGUGGUGCAAGAAGCACUGCUUGCCAUCUCUGCCGGAAAACCAGGCGCUCCUCCGGAAGUUCCCCACGAACAUCUGCGAGGUGAAGAACUCGGACCUAUCCCACCUAGCUCAUACUAUCCAUCACAUGGGCCGCUGGAUGUGCAUCCUUGCCGUGGCGGAGAUGGUGGGCGUGAGCAACCGCCGCGUCCUCGUUCUUGCGGAGGCGCGUCGCGGCGUUGAGCGGAGGAAGGUGGCUCGGGCAAAGAAGAAGGCGCAGGAGAAGCUCUGCGCCGCAACCCCGCCCCCCGAGCUCACCGCGGCCGAGAUCCGCGCGCUCAUGGACGCCGCGCAGCAGAAGGUCGACGAGAACUUCAACGCUGCCGAGCACUUGCCAGAAGCCGUGUAUAAAUUCGUCCACCCAAUAGCGACCACCACGUGCCAGGGCUUUUAUUCCACGACGAUGAUGUUGCUGGGCGCCGUCCCGGUCUUGACGAACGGCGCCCGCGUCAAGCUGUGGUCGCAGAAAGCGUGUCCUCUCACCGCGGUCGUCAUCCAGGUGGCAGUGCCGCAGAAAGGCAAGAGUCGUCUGUAUCCCGUCAUCGAGGAGAUGUUCGACACCUGCGACGACGUGGUGGCGGACCUGGCCCAGCACAUGUUCAACGAGGUUCGCGAAGGGAGGCAAGACGCGCACGCCAGCGUCGGCGGGGAACUCGUAGUGAAUUCUGCCGCCUUCCAGAGUUUUACAUUCCCGGAGUUUUUCUUCAGGUGUUCUGCUGCGUGCAAGCAGGUCGAGUGCAAGGUUGGGGAUAAGAAGACUGACCCAGGCAUCCCGGCCAGGGUCUGGUUCGGCAACGGCUUCAACCUGGACGAGGCGUACGAGUUCUUCGACGGUUUGGGCCUCCUCGGUAAUGCGACCAAAGACAAGGACAAGACGCCCUCCUUGAACGCGUCGUUGCUGAAUUCGCUGUUGCAGUCUGGCAAAACCAGGAGGGCGACGCGCACAAGCACCAAUUUCGGCAUGUCGAGGGGCAAGACCGUGUCCAUCUCCAUUCUCGGCAACGCCCACCCCGACAAGGCCAUUCCCAUGGACCGCGGUUGUUUGGGCUCCCACACGGCGGCCACGAAAGAGCGAUUCGUGCUCUGCCUCGACCGCGCGGUGCCUCGACACGCGCCUUUGCCCGAGGACUGCGAGCUCGAAGCCGGUGAUGAUGGGUGGGCGUGGCUGCCUCUCACGGCCCAGCAAGCCGCGGUCUACGGGUAG